UUCAAGUCGUGUACCCAAACAUUUGCCAGCCCUAAGUGUAAGUGAGAACAAUAUAAAAGAUUAGCACGGAUUACGCGUCGAUUUAGUUGCAUUUUGUAUUUUUACAACGAACGUCGGAAAAGUGAAUUGACACACAAAAUGAUUAAAACCUGGAAUGUUUUACUACUGUGCGCUUGCUUAGCAGUGCAGCAAGCGAUUGCAUUUCCACAACGACAAGUUUCAACAGUUGCAGACACCGAACCCACUGCAGUCGCACAAUCGGUGGACGCCGAUACUUCUUCUUCUUCAUCAUCCGAAGAGAAAUUAAGUUUACCACGAAAUCAAUUGCUUUUCGGCACACUUGGUCUACUCACCAAUCAGUCGCGCUACAUAUUGCGCGAAUCGAGAAACUUCUUGAAGAAUUUACUCAACGAGAUGAAUGCUUUGCCAGAGAAAAGCAAAGCCAUCGAGCAGAAUAUCACCCGCGUAAGCAGCGUACUGACCGAUGUCGACAGCAUUGAUUUAGAUGCCGAUCCGCCACUGGCUGAAAAGAUGUUCUCUGGCGUGGAUGAGGUUGGAAAAGUGUUCGAUGAGUUUUAUGGCAUGCCAGAAAAUAAUGAUCCCAAAAGUGAUGUCGCCAUUUUGCAGAAGUUAUUCGAGAAAAUCGGUUUUGACGAUAUGGAUAAGCGCAUUAAUGUUACAUUGCAAGUAACUUUAAAUCGCUUUAUGGAGUUAUUCGAAAAUUUUGAGACAUCGUUGGGUGAGAAAGAGAAGGAAAACGAUGCUCCAUUAAUCAACUGGUAUCAACGUUUCAAGAAGGAAGAUGAUAUAGAAAAGAAGUUCGAAGUGUUGGAGGAAUUUUCGACAUUUUUCAAAUAAUUGCGAGUAUUUAGCUUUACUAGAUAUAGUGUAUGUAAAUAUGUUUGUAAGUAUGUAUGUUCAUACAAAUCGGUGGCAAAUGCGCAAGUUGACGGCAUAACUGCUUACAAAGUAAUUAUAAUCAAUAAAUCCACAUGUUUUGUAAUGUA